AUGGCGGAGAAGGGAUGGAAGAGCUACAGUGCCGAGGCCGUCGCGAUAAGCGAUUUCGUUCACUCGGACGCGCCGCGGUAUCUCUUGCGGUUCUCGGUGGGCGACGUAAUCCAAGUGGUCGAGACGAUGGAGGGGUGGUACAAGGGCAUCCUCAUCGAAACGAAGGAGACGGGACUGUUUCCUGCCUCGUUCUUCCGCGUCAAGCCUUCCGAGGAUGGCAAGGACCCCAUCAUGCGCGAGCUCCACAGCGUGUUCCGUGAGUGGGGUGACCUGCUCAAGAAGCUCUACCUGGCUCGGAAGACGAAGGACUUCAACAUUCUCUCUGAGCGUCUAAAGACUCUCUUCUCGUGGAACAAAGAUGCGCUGGCCAAGAUGAAGGCCAAGGUGAUGGCCAGCAUCGAAGAAGGGCGCCGUUUGAUGGGACUGGAUCUGCUGGUGCGUACUAACACCGGCGAGAUCGCCACGGAGAGAAACUGCAGCAUCAUGGAGCUCUACCGCAUGCAUCAAGAGCAAGACCAGCGCAGCGUGCUCUCGAACGUCGUGCCACGACUGCGCAGGAAAGAGAACGCGUUUGCGCAAGGUGGCUCACUGAUUGACCAAAAGGUCGAAUUCAUGCUCCCACUGCACCACAUCAUGCUACAAUUUGUGGUAUUCCAGUGUAAGGUGACCGACCCAACAGAACUUCGCUUCUCCAUAUACAACGCACACAGCAAGACUUUCAUCACGGAAGAGUAUCCUUUGUUGUUGACGAUCCAUGGUCUGCCGGCAGACAUUGGCCGGAUCAACAAGCUCAAGACCAUAUUUACGGACAUUGACGACAAGGACUUGGCCGACGGCAAGCUGCACCUCGUGUGCUAUCUGGUGCGCGUGGGACAAAUGCACGCGGACAAGGCCACCAAAGGCCAGAAAGUGAGGAGGCCCUACGCUUGCGCCGCGAUGAAGCUCACGACUGCUCGCAUUCUCGACGAAGCCUCCCGUGGCGUCCUCAAGCUAAACUUGAAGAAUCUGGACGAGGUGUAUGGUGCGCGAGACCCUGCGGGCAAGCUGGUGGAGCAAAGGAUGAUGAUAUUCAACACUCCGCAGGAGAGCAGCUUCCCUGACAUCCAUGAACUGAUUAUAAAGAACGCCAAUGUGGUGGAGGUGCCCAAAUCGCUUGGCAUCACGAUCGGGCUCAAACUGCUGCUGGGCGAAUAUCCCAGCCUGCUCCAACGAGCACCGCACCUCAAGGAAAUCACUGUUGCGCAGCGCUUGAGCGUACAGCCCGGCCACUGCAGGAACGACUACUACAUCACGAUAGAUUCGGGCGAGUUCACUCAGGACCGGAAGCGCGCGGCCAAGAACGUCGAGAUUAGUGUCACCGUUCGCGAUGGCAAGGGCAACGACGUCCAGGAUGUGCUGAUAUCGGGUGCCGGAGAAAUGCCCGUGCGUGAGUGGAAGAGCAUCGUCUACUACCACAACAACACGCCGAAGUGGAACGAAACCUUCAAGCUCCUCAUCGCUCCCCACAAAUUCCGCGACUACCAUCUGUACUUCACCAUGCGACACUGCACCACCAGCGGGAAGACGAACACACAGAAGGCGGGAGCGGCGUACUGCUUCCUGCGGCUCACCGACUUUGCGGGCUCGAUCCAAAGGGACGGCGAGCACGUUCUCAGCACCUACAAACCGCAGAAGGCCGACGACCCCGUCUACUACCUGCGAGAUCCUCAGAAGGUGAUACAGCGCAAGGGCGAAUUCCUGAAGAUCCGCACGUCGCUGUGCUCGACGCACCUGACUCAGCACCCCGGACUGCUGGGGUUGCUGAAUUGGCAAUCCCACAACCGUAACGAGCUGCCCGAGCUCCUCAGGCACAUCACCUUCGUCGAGCGACCCGAAAUGAUGAAGUUCCUGCGCCCGACGUUCGAGGCCAUGUUCAACAUGUUGCACCGCAGUGCGGGUGACGAGAAGCUCCAGUUCUUGGUGUACGAUGCCCUCAUCUUCGUGCUGGGUAUGUUCGCCGAAGACCGGAUGUUGCUAUUCGUCAACUUCCGCCCGACGAUCAACAGCAUGAUCCAGGCCUACGAGCAAUACGACCCCGCCAAGGCGACGCCCGAAGAAAAGGAGCGAUUGGAGGUGUUCACGCAUGUUCACCUCUACCUCGUUCCCUGCGUGAAGCGGUGCUUUGAGGGGAUCGACCAACCUGGCUCGAACAUCACCUCCACGCUCAAGGUCCGGUUCCUCAAAAUCGGCGCCUUGGAGUACACGAUGAAGUUCAUCAUCGUAUCUCGAAUCCUCCACAUCAAACACACCGGAAGUCCUGCCAUCAAGGACGACACGUUCAAGAACGACAUGAUCGACUUCUUCGACCGCUUCACCGCCCUCAUGAAGCGCAACUCGCCCAGCCUCAUCGGCGCACAGACGCUCGCGCUCAAGAACAUCGUGUUGUGGUUCCAGGGGCUUCUGCUGCUGUUCACCGAGAUGGAGUUGGCGACCGUGGUCCACAAGGUCAUCGCCACCCUCUCCUACAGCGACAAGAAGCAGUUCAACCAGACCAAGCUCGCCCUGCUGAAGGAAAUAGUCAGCUCUCAGCUCUUUAUUGGAGAGCAGGCGCGGUACAUCCUCAUACCCGCGGUGAUGGAGCAACUGCGGCUGUUCAUGGCCAGCAGCCACAACCCGGACGAGAAGGCGGAGAUCAUCACCAUCGUGUGCUGGAUCGUGGAUGUCAUGGACGACCUCGAGGACGUGGCGGUGGUCAAGUACCUGCUGCUGCUCUUGGCCGAUGUGCUCCACUUGGUAGAGUCCGUGGAGAACCCGUGCCUCAAGUUGGACGCGGCGAUGUGCCUGCUGGGCUUCUUCCACCUCGUGAAGCAGGCCGACUUCACCGCCUAUCUCGAUAACAUGGCAUCGGAAAAGAGAGAGUCGCUGCUGAUGAGGAUGGUCACCACGCUGGACCAGCUGAUCGUGCGCCCGGACAUCAUCCCCUGCACGUGGUUAGGCGUCAGCAUGUUCCAGUACGGCACCACAUCGAAGGUCAUCGCCAUGAUCUGCGAACACCUCAAGCCGGUCCGCGGCGAUCCAAGUGAACCGGCGGCGUACCAGGACCGCCAGUAUCUCGACGGUAGCAGCCCCAUUGAGCGCUUCCACCGCUGUCAAGCCAGCCGACACGGCUCGGCCGACACCGAGGUGCCGCCGGAGUUCAUGAUGUGGGUGAAGCUGGUAAAGCUGAUGAUCGCCUUCCUCACGUCCCGCGUGCUCGGUGUGGAGAAGUUCUCCGCCGCCAAGGCGCAAAUCAUGAGAGAGGGACACGGAGACAUGAGGACGGCCGUGUGCGGCUAUCUGUGCGAGAUCUGGGAGACCCUCGGGCCGCUCCAGAUUCGCAUCAUCCCGGCCCUAGUCGCCCCAUUGCUAGAGCUGUUGACCGUGCCGAACAAGGAGCUCAAUGAGACGGGCAUGAAUAUCUACUUCAGCAUGCUCAAGCGCGAGUUCGAGUACUACAAGUCGUUCAAGCGCGUGGAGCGCCAAACGAUCGGCUCACUCGACAAGAUCGUGAACGAGUACGACGAGAAGCACCAGCAGAACCUGCUCCAGUUCUUCCUCUCCUCGCUCCGGCAGCGCUUUGACACUGCGCCCGAGAUGCAGGAGGUCGCCGAAAAGUUCAUGGCCGACAUGAAGACCUUGAUCACUCUCUUCACCUCCCUGCGCACGCUGCCGCUGGGACCCGAGUACGAUGACGAGCGGACGCUGGCCACCCUAAAGCUCAUGGAGUACCUCAAGUCCACCGGCCGCAUCGAGCAAUACAUCGAGUACGCGUACCAGCUGUACGAGAGGCACCUGGGCGCGGAUCACUUCAUCGAGGCCGGGUUCACGUUGCUGCUCCAGGCCCAGCUCUUGGACUGGUCCGACACCAUCGUCCCGGCCAUUCCUUCACGCGAUCUAGCUCAGGAGACCUCCUACGAGCGAAGGGAAGCGCUCUACAAGGAGGCCAUCUCGCUCUUCACCCGCGGCAAGUACUGGGAGAAGGCGAUCGAACUCCUCGAGGAGCUGCGCCACCAGUACCAGCACGUGACCUGCGAGUUCGUGCUGCUGGCCGACAUCCUGCAAUCGGAGGCGGCGCUGUACAGGUUGAUCGUGACGGGCGAGCGUUUCUUUACCGAGUACUUCCGCGUGGGCUACUACGGCAUGGGCUUUCCCGUGGACGUGCGGAACAAACAGUUUGUGCACCGCGGUGUUGAGUUCCAGCGCCGGGACGCGUUCGAGGCGCUCAUCAUGAAGCGCUGGCCGAGCGCAGUGAUCAUGAACACCACCGAGCCGCCCAGCGCCGAGAUCAAGAACUCCCCGGGCCAGCAUCUCCAAAUUUAUGCCAUCAAGAUGGCUUCGGCGGAGGAGGCGCGAGGAGAGCACACGCGUCUGCAGAUCGCGCAUAGCAACAACCGCCGCUACAAGACGUUCGAAAGCGUGAGCGCGUUCCUCUACGCCCGCCCGGAGGAUCGCCGACAAAGCAAGAACGACAACGAAUUCGCGAACCUGUGGAUCAUGAACUAUUACUUUACAUCCGAGGAGGCCUUCCCGGGCGUGGUGCGGAGGUCGGAGAUCGUGUCGGUGUCCACCUCCGAACUGUCGCCCAUCGACAACGCCAUCAUCAACAUCGUCGAUAAGAACAUGGAGCUGGAGAAGAUGAUCGAGACCUUUUCCGUGCCCGGCGGCUCAGGCAACGUGUCCCCCUUCACCAUGGUCCUCAAAGGUGUGAUCGAUGCGGCUGUGAACGGAGGCGUGAUGCGAUACGAACAGGCGUUCCUGAACAACGGAUAUGCGGAGGAGCACCCCGAUCACGCCGACAAGGUCGACCUCCUCCGCAGCGUGCUCGAUCAGCAGAUCGCGGUGCUGGACCGGGGCCUCAAGGUGCACCAGAUGGUGGUGCCCCCCGAGAUGGCCGACCUUCAGAACCAACUCCAGAUCGGGUUGAUGAAGCUCAAGAGAAGAACCCAAAAGGUCGGAGAGGAGGUCGGCAGACAGCUGAACUCGCAUAAUGCGGCGUUCCUCGCGUCGGCCAUGUACGGCACGGAUCUGGCCAAGUUCGCCCUGUCUGACGUCGCCGCCACAAGGAAGCUGCCGGCCAUGGUGGCCCCCUUGAACAAGCCCUCGCCGGGCGUAGUCUCCCCGCGGACGAUCAUGAGCAGUGCAGCGCCCCCACCAAAAAAGCUACUGCCCACUCCGGAGCCCAGGGCUCACAGCUUCGCCUUACAAGACCCCGCGUACCGCUCCCUCACCGCGCCUGGGCGCCAUGCGCCUGCCUUCGCCCACCUCAUCGGGUAA